AAACGAAUUUGCAGUACGACAGUGACAAUCAAUUCUCUCGGUUUUUUUUUUCAUCAAUAUUAAAUUAGUUGUUUUCCAAUCGUGUUGGUGCGUGUACCUAAGGCAACAAAUAAUUACAAAUAACACACGUGUAGUAUAGGUACCGCCUUUAACUUUUAUGCUAUAUAAUAAUAAUCUAUAAUUCUAUAAGAUAAAAAAAUCUUAAUGAUUUGCUAAUUUGUAAGAUCUUUCCCGUUAAUAAUCAUUUUAAGUUGUAGUUUUCUAUAAAUAUUAUGAAAACUUGCUUCGGAUGUUGUCCACUACACCAUGGCGUCAGUACGAUUGCCAUUAUAAACAUUUUUUGGAAUAUUAUAGAAGCGUUUAAACACUUUCAUCACCGUAUUGAAAAGUAUGAACGAUUUAAAUGGAUUAAUAUUUCAAAUAGCAAUACUUCGGUUUCUCUCGAUGACAAUAGCACUUCAGAAAGUGAGCUUCCUGACUACUGGUCGGAUAUCAAAAGAGUACCUGUCAUGAGCGGAAUAUACAUGGAUUACAUAUUCAUAAUGGCAGUCAGUUGGAUCGUUUUGGAAUUCAUCUCGAAUUGUUGUCUCAAGCAAUCCACCUUCAAACGUGCUCCUCAAAAAAUCUACCAGUGGCUAGUAAUUUAUUACGCGAAUUUGUUGUUUAUGGUAUUGAAUUUGGUCCAUUAUACAAUAUCGAUGAUGAGACAUUCAAUUCUAGUAUAUACAUUUUCUAUAAUGAUAGAACAAAAUUUUGGACAUUUUUUCAUGAAACUGAUAUACAUAGCUAUUAUAAGUUUUGAGAUCGCUAUAAUCCACUCGUACUAUAUUAAUGAAAAAAAAAAUAUGCUGAAUGACAUCAUACAACUCAAAUGGAAAUACGUAUCACGAGGAGAAGUGGUAUCCAAAGGUGUCGAUUAUUCUUCAUCGUCAGCUUUCAAUGAAAGAACAUCUGGCCAAACCCAAGAAGGAUCUAGAAUACCGCCUUACAUAACCAAUAUCAAACAGAAUUAACUAUGCUAUUACAUUCUCAACAUAAUUCCACGAUCAACAAUUAAAAUUGACAAAAAUGCACAUUAUCAUGUUGCAUUUUAAUAAGAAUUUAUAUUUAGGUAUAUUAUUAAAGGUACUGUCAAAAUUACAUA